AUCUGCUGAGUCUGUUAGACGGGAAUCUGAAGGUCUGAUCGGGUCCAACCGUUGAUACUUUUACUGGUGGAGCUUUCGAAGAGCGUGUCUGUGCAUGAGCAGCUGGAGCUUUUUUCUGAGGCCUCUCUACUGCUGGAUCUACCCAUAAGAUAGGUCAAAGGUCAUGAACGCUCCCAACAAGCCCCACCAGGUCAUCUAUGGUUUGAGGUAAACGUCAAAUCUAGAAAGUUUCAGUGAGUCAUGAACUAAAUGCAGAAGAGCUCGUAUGUUUAUUUCCAAUCAAAUUUUAUGACUAAUUAUCCUUUAUGUCCUUGAACAGAUAAAAUGUCUGUUUUUCUGGUUUUUGUAUCAUUUCUGCUUUGAUGGCUUGACGUCUCCUCUGGAGUCUUUCAUCUCAAAUGUGCUUCUUGAAGUUUUCCUGCUGCUUUUGUGUCUCUGAUGAAGUUUAAAGUCGUUCCUGUCGGUUUCCUUCAGUUCUGAGGAACAAGCUCCCUCCUCAGAUUCGUGGGGUUUAGCUGCUGUUCCUGCACGAGCCACACGAUGGCGGUGUCGGCUGUGUUGAGAGUCCUGAGGUGAGGGGCAGAACCUCUUAGCCUUACAGAGCCCAAAUGAGUGGUUCUGAUUCUGAUAUGGCAGUUUUCUGUGGAAAAAACUGCAACACAGUAAAGAAAAAAUGCACUACAAACACUUGCAGCUUAAUGUGGUUUAAAGGCUUUCAUUCAAACCUCCAGAAAAGCGAAGAAUCAGCGGGAGUUCAUCAACCGUCUCGCUGGAGCGUUUGACCUUCUGGUCAUGACAGCACCGAGUCCAAAACAGACUUUUUACACGGUUGGAAAAGGCGCCAUGGUGGACUGUGGUCAGAAUGUGGCGCUCCAUAAUGAACGACAGGCCAUCAAAGUCAGGAUGCAAAACAAUCUUUUCCUGUUUCACUAAUUUGUUUCGUCUUUCUUCAGAAUAACGGAGCUGACAGGUUUGUCUAGCCGCCCACACCUAUGAGAGGGGAAUCAAACCUUCUGAGGCCGGCGGGGAUCUCGGAGAGUAACUUUCUAAAAUUAACCCAUUAAGUCAUUUUUUUACUAUUAUUCUCAAUGCUUUAGGGCAGUAAAACUCCUCAUUACAGAGUUUAUAGGCUUUUCUCAGACAGACAUGAACAUUUUCACACUUUUUCUCUCAAAGUUCAAGCAUUCAUAGAAAAAUAAGGCAGGGAUUAUAAAAUGACAACAUUCUGUAUAGACAUGGCACGGAGGAGGUCAACAGCCAAUCAGGACACAGAACACGAGAAAAGAACAAAAACAUGAAAAUUGCUGGUAAAAAGAAUCUGCAUGACAGUGAAAGGUGAACCACAACAUAGCGAGGGACCACUUAAAAGUCGUUAUACUAACGAUGAAACUCCUGUCUUACUUUUAUCCAAUAGACAGUUAAAUAAUAACUAAAAUUAAUCUAAUAAAGUCAUAAUUUAAAAUAAUAAUAAAAAAAUGAUUGAAUCGUUGAGAGACCAAUUUUGACUCUUUACACCACUUUGUAAAGUCAUUGAUAAUAAUCUUUCUUAUUUUGAAGGAACCUAAUAAAGAUGGAGUCAUCUGCAUAAAAAUGAUCAUUUUAUCCUCGUAUCACGGCUUUACGAAAACAAGUGACUCCUUAUGGAAUAAUGGGAGGGAUUUAGCAUCUAUAUUUAGGUUCCUAAAGCGCAACAACAUCCCAAAAUAAUCUAAGUUAACAAUGACGUCACAUUAACGGCUCCCCUUUUUUCCUGUUGGUUCACUUUUUCAGAACCUCAUUAACGUGCCGAUCCACUGGUUCGACUGGAAAUUUAGGAGUAAUCGAGUGUAAUCUGAUUACUCUUGCAGGGACCAAAAUCUUGCGGUGGUUUUGUGACUGCACCUUUUAUCGUUUUAUUGUUACUCCCAAAAGGUCUAGGAAUUUAGAGGUGUGUGUGUGUGAAUCUCUCAAAUCCUAUCAACAACCCUGUGUGGCUACUACGGUAACUCUAUGACUAAAUAAACGUUAUUUUCAAUCCUGCUAAGCUUCUACUUCAAUAAUAAUAAACUUUCCAUGAUUAUAAUAAACUUUAAUAAACUGUUGUUCUUUUUGUUUUUGCACUUAUUCGUUGAUUUACUUGUGUUAUUGUGCUGAAAGGACAGUUUUAAUGAAAGACGAUGCUGCAGAUGUAAAUAAGAGCAGAUGGUAGAAUCCGGCGUAAACGGGUUAUUAUUAUUAAUAUUAAUAUUAUUAUUAUUUUGGGCUUGAGGGUUUUUCCGUUUGGUUCCAUGAAGCGGCUCCAUGGCAGCGGGAGAGGAAACCUUCCUGCUGCUGCAGCUGUGAUGACAGCUGGAGACGUUUCUGCAGCUUCAGGGGUCUGGAUCAGCCGACCUGGUGGUCCUCAGACACCCACCCCCCACCCCCCACCCCCCACCCCACCCCAGCUGAAUGCUGAGGGUCUCGGUGGUUGAAAUCAGCUGCAGUUUUGGGACUAAUUUUCUAGUCUUUGAGGGGAGACAAAAGCAGGAAGUAGUUAUCUCACAACUGUUUGGACUUGCCAGAGACUUUCCAUUUUGCAGCAUUGUGGAAAAGCCUUAUUUGGGUGUGGGCGUGGCUUCAGACUGUAUAUAAGCAGUGCCGGCGCCGGAGCAGGCAGCAUUUACAGAGAGCAGAGCGCCGGCUCAGAAACACUGACAGAGAAAUCAUGUUGCUGCAACCCAUCUGGGAUUUGAUGCUGAGCCAAAGCAGCGUGAUGCACUCGCCCUUCUUCCCCCUCAUCUUCUCCCUGCUGGUCUACCUGACCUUCUGCCUGCCCUUCCUGCUGCUGGACCUGCUGGCCUCCAGGUGCGCCUUGGUGCGGAGCUUCAAGCUGCAGCCGCAGAGCUCCGUCAGCUGGACCGCUGUGCGGAGCUGCCUCGCUCUGACGCUCUACAACCACCUGGUCUUCAUCUUCCCGCUCACCGUGCUGCACUGGUACCUGAGGCCGGAGCACCUGCCGGAGGAGGCCCCCCCCCUGCCCCGCCUGCUGGCUCAGGUGCUGGUCUGCCUUCUCCUCUUUGACUUCCAGAGCUUCGUGUGGCAUCUGCUGCACCACAAAGUGCCCUGGCUGUACCGCAACUUCCACAAGGUGCAUCACACCUACACAUCCACCUCCGCCCUCACCGCCGAGUACUCCAGUGCCUGGGAGACCCUCAGCCUCGGCCUCUUCGCCGCCGUCAGCCCGGAGCUCCUGGGCUGCCACCCACUCACCAAGCUGACCUUCUUCACGCUCAACAUCUGGCUGUCGGUGGAGGACCACUGCGGCUACGACCUGCCCUGGUCCACCCACCGCCUGGUGCCGUUCGGCCUGUACGGCGGCGCGCCCCACCACGACCUCCAUCACCUCAAGUCCAAGUUCAACUUCGCCCCCUACUUCACCCACUGGGACCGGCUGGCCGGGACGCUGUACCUCCAGGACUGAUGCUGAGCGCACGUUCAUGGACUUCUUCAUAACUUAUUCACAUCUUUUAUAUUAAAAGGGCAACACAGUUGUAGCUGCAGGCAGAGAAUUUAUUUAUUUUUUUAUUUAUUUUUUAAGAGUCAAGGCCUUUAAACGUUUGCUACUGUUCACAUUUGCACUGAAGUCAGAACCACUGACACGACGACCUGUAGAACCUCAAGGGAGCAGAACGUGUGAUGAAGUUUUCAAUGUGGGAGGAGCUUCAGGACGGGGGAGGCUGAGCUGCUGAGGAUGGAAGAGGAAAGUGAUCAGGGAUUAAAACGCUGGAGAGGAAGAGGAGGAGGGCUGAGAUUUUCCGUUUAAAUGCAAGACAUUUGUCGAUCCGAGUGUUGUUGAGUGGGAUUUUUGGAGUUUUAUAAGCAUGAGCUUCUUCCGUUCCCCUUUCAAAUCCCAUUUUCAAAGUGGUGUUAAUUUUGAUUUGAAAUAAAUCUUGUACUACUACUACAGAAAAUGUGAAAGCUUGUUUGUACUGUGAAAAACGGCUGAAUAAACAGAACAAAAACGUA